CAUCGAAGCGUCGAGUGCCGGGCGAAAGUCGGCCCCGCUAAGCUCCGGCUAUUUGUGUCCUCUAACCUCAAUGUUUGCCUUCGACGUUCGCCGACAAACCAGCAGAUAGGUCACCUCCGGGCGAUGCUCAUCGUUCUGGCAGCGAUAUUCAUCAUCGUCUGUGUCUACUCAGCAUCCCUCGCCUUCGUAAGACGGCGCCUCGAUCCUCCGUCACCAAUGGCUGGAAAAUUCAAUCCACGCAUCGCGCAGGAUGUCUUAAAUAUAACGAAUGAUGAAGACAGUGACUUGUUGACCGAGCAGAGUUCCGCCUCAAAUUUGAGCGGCGAUGACGAUGAUGCGGAGAAAAGUGAAGAGCUGCAGUACACGGAGAUGCAGAUCGAAGAACCGCCGAGCUUUUUCAAUUCUCAGUACCUGAACCCCGGUCUUGCGUUUAAAAAGAACUCCAAGCAGUCAAAGCCGUCUGAAAACGAGGAGGAGAAGGAAGAGGAGGAUAAUGAAAACGCCGAGGAGAAACAAGUCGAGGAAAAGAAAGACGAAGACGAAGAGGACGGCAUUUUUCAGCUAAAAGAGACCAAGAAACGGGAAUCAGUGAUCAACGCCAACGUCUACGACGCUUCCAGCGAUCGGAGCGAAAGCUCAAGCUCCAGUUCGAGUUCGCGAAGGGGUCGUCAGCCCCGCAAGCCCCGCAAGUCGCGAAAGCGCAAAAAUCUUCCGGAAUCCAGCUCCGCGACGUUGGAAAGAUGGUCGAUUCUCAAUUGGCGUGAAAAGCGGGACGAGACGACGAGGAAGAAAAUGACGAGGAUAGACGCGGCGAAGGCGAUACUCGGCGAUGGUUUUUCCGGUGGUUGCUACUCGGCAGGUCCCGCUACUCCUGCGAAUGCCCCGGACGAAUGCCACAAGAAAAUAUUCAAGCACAUCACCAUUGCUCUGGAGGGAAAGGAGGUUCCCACCCCGAAGGAGGUACACCAUGAAGAACUGUACAUCGCCGGUGUCAACGUCAAGUUUCCGGUCAAACCUUAUCCGUCGCAGAUCGCCGUUAUGAACAAGCUGAUUCAAGGAUGCAAAAAAUCGGAACAUUGCUUACUGGAGAGUCCUACGGGAAGCGGGAAGACCCUGGCUCUGCUCUGCGGAGUUUUGGCUUGGCAGGAGAAGGAGAAUGAGGAAUUCCGACAGCAGGUUGAAGAAGUGUUUGAGAAUGCGAAUGCCGCAUUGUACGAAACGGAAUCCGAAUCUGAUAAUAAAGGCGCUGAGGAAUGCGCUCCAUCGACUGCGAAAGCGCAAAAUGCUAAACCUGAACCGAGCUGCGCGCAGAACUGGAACAAUGUUAUUGACAUUUCCGAUGACAAUGAAUUUCAACCGUGUAAAAAAAUCUGUCAUUCGCAAUCGCCAAAUUCCGCGUGCCAAGUCGAGAAGACGUCCACGGAAAUCGUAAUAGAUGUCAGCCCCGAUGCAGUCUUUGAAAUCCAGAAAGUAAAAAGAAAGGUACCAAAAAUAUAUUACGGAUCGCGGACGCACAAGCAAAUAGAGCAAGUAGUAAGGGAAUUGAAGAAAACUGCGUACGCCUAUAAAAAAAUGACGAUUUUGAGCAGCAGGGAGUUCACUUGCAUACAGGGAGGUGAUCAGAAUAAAACCGAGUUAUGCACAAAGCUCCUCGACCCAACCAAGGGUCAAGGGUGCAGGUAUUUCAAUGAAAAAACUAGAACUAGAAUAUCGACAAACUGGGCUUUACACGGAUUAGGAAUCAACGGACCUUGGGAUAUCGAAGAUUUGGUGAAAGUUGGGAAACAAGAAGCAGCCUGCCCCUAUUUCGCAGCGAGAGAUCUUAUGAUGGAAGCCGAAAUUAUUUUCUGCCCUUAUAAUUAUUUAGUUGAUCGAAAUAUACGCGAAAGUAUGCAAAUAAAUCUUCAAGGUGACAUCGUAAUUCUUGACGAAGCUCACAAUAUCGAAGAGAUGAGCAGGGAUGUGGGAAGCUUGUACUUUCGGGUGGACAAAAUUUUAGAAGUUAUAGCCGAGUCCAAGCUGCUUUGUAUAAGACGAAAGGAGGAUAAUGCUACGUAUAAAAUAAUUCAAACGUAUCUUGAGAAUCUUGUGGAAUUCAUUCACGUCAAUAACCUUAAUACGGUGGACAAAUUCAGCGAAACGUGUAGCAGCGAUUUUUGGACGGGUGUUCAGCUUUGCGAAUUGUUCAAUAUUCAUUCGUUGGGAAAGGGAACUGCGAAAACAUUCGAAAAAGCUGCAUCUGAGGCAAUAAUGGAUUUCAAUAAAGCGAAAGAGGAGAUGUCCAGAAACCAGGAUAUCGAACCAUUUCCCGUAAUAACACCAUUGACGAAAAGGUUUUUGGAAGAUUUCACGCUUGCUCUUCAAGUUAUGGCUUCGGAGAAACUCGCCAACGAUUACAGGGCCUGCAUUGUAGAAGCUUACGUCAAAGAUUUUUCCCAAGGAUAUUCCGAAAAGCGUUUGCGCACUCUUCAGAUGCUCUGCAUGAAUCCAGCAGUCAUUUUUGCGCCAUUAGCGAACGCUGCAAGGUCCGUCGUUCUCGCAUCCGGCACUCUGUCUCCAACGAGCUCGUUUCAAAGUGAAUUGGGAACUGCCUUUCCGCACAAGCUAGACGCAAAUCACGUUGUGCCGAAAGAAAAUGUCUACAUUAGAGGGAUUGGAUGCGGCCCCACCGGAGUUCAGCUCAAGGCGAACUACGCCAAUGUGAACUCCUUGAGUUUUCAAGAUGAAUUAGGAAGACUGGUUCUCGAUGUCUGCAAGGUUGUGCCGCACGGGAUUCUCUGCUUUUUCUCGUCGUACAGUAUGAUGCAAAAGCAGAUAGACAGAUGGAAGCUAAAUUCUACCUGGGCACGACUAGAAGGUAUGAAACACGUCCUCCAGGAGCCGCGAGGUUCCAGUAACCUCGAACCGGUGAUGCAGAAAUACAGAGAAAUAAUCAAAUCGACAUCGGAAGGGCCGCAAGACGGCAUUACCGGAGCUCUGUUGCUCGCAGUUUUUAGGGGAAAAGUCGCCGAAGGAAUUGAUUUCAGCGAUAAUGAGGCACGCUGUGUCAUGGCGGUUGGGAUACCCUACGCCGUCAGAAAAGAUCCGUCGGUAGAUACGAAAUUCACGUACAAUGACAUGAAUCAGCUGAAAGGUUUGCUCAAGGGUGGCGAGUGGUACGCUGUGCAGGCCUUUAGGGCUUUGAAUCAGGCCCUUGGACGUUGUGUCAGACAUCGAAACGAUUGGGGAGCCGUACUUCUUAUUGACCAACGAUUUACGGAAAAAUCCAGUUACAACUAUUUACCAAAAUGGGUAAAGACAAUGUGGAGAGAUUCUGCGCGGUAUAAUCUCACCUGGGAACUAGAGCAGUUUGUUGCCAGACAUGUGGAACGAACAAAAAAUGAAAAAUCUGAUUCUGUUGACCAAAAAGUUUUGGCCCCGUAACACAUGCAUGUAGACUUUAAAAAAUCAUCGAGUUAAGCCUUAAUAACUGUUAUUACUUCCGAUGACUGUGUUAUAUUCGUCUUAUUUUACGAAUAAGAAAUAGUUUCUAAUCAUUACUCUCUGCAACUCUGCAAAAUAUCAACAAGCAGUAACGGAACAUCAUAACACUUUUCCGCAUUUACGAUUUUGGUGACUUGUAAUUCUACUAUUAUGCUAAUUAAUUCUUGUCCGGUUCAGGAAUUCGAUAAUUGUACCUUGUGAAUUUCAAGAAACUGUAGCCUUCGUCAGGUGCUGCAACUACCAGAUAAUAUUAACUGAUGUCAGAAAUCACAUUCCCAAUUUUGGAAUACCAGAUAAAUCCGUCCGUAUAUACUCGCUUGAUCCGCGUAUGUGAGAUUUCUUUUUGAAUAUUAUUUUUCUUGUAUUUUAGAACCUUGUUGCAGGAACAUUUCGUUGAAAAAUUUAAUAUUUUGAAAUGUUGAAAUAAUUUUGUUGCGUU